CUUUCUGCUUCAUCCUUGCUUUUCUCCCCCUUUCUCGCUCUUCUCUCUAUCUUCCAAAAUACCCCUCUUCCGUCACACUCCCCGUCUCUUCCACUACUCCUACAAACCCCUCUUCAAAAUGCCUCGCCAAUUUUUCGUGGGUGGUAACUUCAAGAUGAACGGUACUGCGGACAGCAUUACCUCCAUCAUCAACAACCUCAAUGGGGCCACCCUGGACUCCUCCGCCGAGGUUGUCGUCUCUCCCCCCACCCUCUACCUGCUCCCUGCCCGUCAGGCCGCUGGCGACAAGAUCGGCGUGGCCGCCCAGAACGUCUUCGACAAGCCCAAUGGUGCUUUCACCGGUGAAAUCAGUGUCGAGCAGCUCCGCGAUGCUAAGAUCAACUGGACCAUCAUUGGCCACAGCGAGCGCCGUGUCAUCCUGAAGGAGACCGACGAGUUCAUCGCCCGCAAGGUCAAGGCCGCCAUCCAGGGUGGCAUCAGCGUCAUCUUCUGCAUCGGUGAGACUCUUGAGGAGCGUGAGGCCAACAAGACCAUCGAUGUUGUUACCAAGCAGCUCAACGCUGUUGCCAAGGAGCUCUCCAAGGAGCAGUGGUCCAAGGUUGUCAUCGCCUACGAGCCCGUCUGGGCCAUUGGCACCGGCAAGGUGGCUACCACCGCCCAGGCCCAGGAGGUCCACGCCGCUAUCCGUCAGUGGCUCAUCGAUGCCAUCUCCGCUGAGGUAUCGGAGAACACCCGCAUCAUCUACGGUGGCUCCGUCAGCGAGAAGAACUGCCGUGAGCUCGCCAAGGAGGCCGAUGUCGACGGUUUCCUGGUUGGCGGUGCCAGCUUGAAGCCUGCCUUCGUCGACAUCAUCAACGCUCGUCUGUAAGCAAUUAACAUAUUGAUUGGACAUGUGAUAUGAUAUCCGUUAUCCGUCCGCCCAGCACCACAGCAUCAGGCCGUAGGACUCUCCGAUGCCAACAUGCGUGAGUUGGGUCCGGGCGGAGCAUGAAAAAUAACGAAGGACGUA